CCCCUCCCCUCGCGCACGUCCGGCCCACACCCGGGUUCCGCUACACUCGUGAACCUUCCUUAGCGCUCGAUCCCGAACUUGCGGCCAUGGCGAACCAGGUGAUCAGGUGUAAGGCUGCAGUCGCCUGGGAGGCAGGAAAGCCUCUCUCCAUAGAGGAGAUAGAAGUGGCCCCUCCAAAGGCUCAUGAAGUUCGAAUUAAGAUCAUUGCCACUGCUGUUUGCCACACCGAUGCCUAUACCCUGAGCGGAGCUGACCCCGAGGGCUGUUUCCCAGUGAUCUUGGGACAUGAAGGUGCUGGAAUUGUGGAAAGUGUUGGUGAAGGGGUCACUAAGCUGAAGGCAGGUGACACUGUCAUCCCACUCUACAUCCCACAGUGUGGAGAAUGCAAGUUUUGUCUGAAUCCUAAAACAAACCUUUGCCAGAAAAUAAGAGUCACUCAGGGCAAGGGAUUAAUGCCAGAUGGGACUAGCAGAUUUACCUGCAAAGGAAAGUCUAUUUUUCACUUCAUGGGAACUAGCACAUUUUCUGAGUACACAGUUGUGGCUGACAUCUCUGUUGCUAAAAUCGAUCCUUCGGCCCCUUUGGAUAAAGUCUGCCUUCUCGGCUGUGGUAUUUCAACUGGCUAUGGGGCUGCUGUGAACACUGCCAAGGUGGAGCCUGGUUCUACCUGUGCUGUCUUUGGCCUGGGAGGAGUUGGACUGGCGGUCAUCAUGGGCUGUAAAGUGGCUGGUGCGUCCCGGAUCAUUGGUAUCGACAUCAAUAAAGAUAAAUUCGCAAAGGCCAAAGAAUUUGGAGCCUCUGAAUGUAUUAGCCCCCAGGACUUCAGUAAAUCCAUCCAGGAAGUUCUCAUUGAGAUGACAGAUGGGGGCGUGGAUUACUCCUUUGAGUGCAUUGGCAACGUGAAGGUCAUGAGGUCAGCCCUUGAGGCAGCCCACAAAGGCUGGGGUGUCAGUGUGGUGGUUGGUGUAGCUGCUUCAGGUGAAGAAAUCUCCACGCGUCCAUUCCAGCUGGUGACAGGCCGCACAUGGAAAGGCACUGCCUUUGGAGGAUGGAAGAGUGUAGAGAGUGUCCCAAAGCUGGUGUCUGAAUAUAUGUGCAAAAAGAUCAAAGUUGACGAAUUUGUGACCGGCAGUCUGUCCUUCGACCAUAUUAACCAAGCCUUUGAUCUGAUGCACUCAGGGAAGAGCAUUCGAACUGUUCUAAAGAUGUAAAUUCUAAAGAGAACACUGUCCAUCCUGCACUCUUUCCUGUGAUUGGAUAGAAACAGACAGGAUUUACAAGCUAACUGCCUCUUCGACUUCAGAAAUGACUAGAAGGAAUGUGCAUAAUUGAGGCUGUAAUCAUAAACUAGGCAAAUAGUCAUCGUUUUCUGAACCCUCCACAUAAAUAAUUGCUGCUCAUCAAUGCAACAUUUUAACAUAAUAAAACUACUUUCUGCA